AUGGAGACCACAGCCUGUAAUGGAUUAGGGCACUCCUCAACCAUCUUCUACCUGGUGGGCAUUCCCUCUCUGCCCAAACCCCUCUUUUUUCCUAUCUUCUUUGUCUUUCUCCUUCUCUACCCGCUCAUGCUGCUGGGAAACGCCCCGAUCCUGGUGGCUGUGGUGGCAGAGUCCAGCCUCCACAAGCCCAUGUACUUCUUCCUGAUACUCUCAGCUCUGGACAUCCUCUUCACCAUGACUGUCCCCAAGAUGCUGUCCCUCCUCUGGCUUGGGGACCAAUUCUUCAGCUUCCCCGCCUGCUUCCUGCAGAUGUACCUCUUCCACAGCUUCUCCUGCCCAGAAGCCUUCAUCCUGGUGGUCAUGGCCCGUGACCGUUAUGUGGCUAUCUGCCACCCCCUGCGCUACCCCGUCCUCAUGACCCCGCACACCAAUGUUGCCCCCCUCGCAGCCUGUGCCUGGCUCACUGCCUUCCUCCUGCCCAUCCCCGCAGUGGUGCAGACUUCCCACUUGGCUUUUGACAGCACUGCUCACAUCUGUCACUGCUUCUGUGACCACUUGGCUGUGGUCCAGGCCUCCUGCUCUGACACCAGGCCCCAGACCCUCAUGGGCUUCUGCAUUGCCAUGGUGGUAUCCUUCCUGCCCCUUCUCCUGGUGCUUCUCUCCUAUGCCCACAUCCUGGCCUCGGUGCUUCACAUCAGCUCCCGAGAAGAACACUCGAAAUGCUUCUCCACCUGCAGCUCCCACCUCCUGGUGGUUGGUACCUACUACUCAUCCAUUGCCGUCGCCUAUGUGGCCUACAGGGCCGACCUGCCCCUCGACUUCCACGUCAUGGGCAAUGUGGUCUCUGCUGUCCUCUCCCCUGUCCUCAACCCUCUCAUCUACACGCUGAGGAACAAGGAUGUCAAAGCAGCCAUCACCAGAAUGACAUGUCUCCGGGACCCAAAGAAUGUUGGGGAACCCUGA